AUGGAUACACCAUCCAGCCUCCCAGUUCGUGAGCAAGCACCAGAUACCAUGGAAGAUUCCACAUCAGCCUCAGCUCCAGCUCCGAUUGUAGCUUCGGCCUCAGCUCCAGUAGGGAUUAGCGCUGAUGAAAUCGCGCUCUACGACCGUCAAAUCCGUCUCUGGGGCGUGCAAGCCCAGGAGAAGAUACGCUCCGCCAACAUCCUCCUCAUAACCCUCUCAGCUCUAGGCAACGAGAUCGCCAAAAAUCUCGUCCUAGCCGGAAUCCACUCGCUCACUAUCGUCGACCACUCAAUAGCCACCGAGUCCGAUCUGGGCGCACAAUUUUUCAUCACAGCAGCAGACAUAGGGCAGAACAGGGCCGAGGCCGCAGUUCCGCAGAUUCGAAAACUGAAUCCGAGGGUGAACGUCGUUGUUGACACUAGUGAUAUUAGGACUAAGGGCUCGGAUUUCUUUGGUGCUUUUGAUGUGGUGAUUGCGACGGAUUUACAGCCUGUUUCGUUGGGGCUGAUCAAUACAGCGACCAGGCUGGGAAAGAAGCCUUUUUAUGCAGCUGGUGUUCAUGGGUUUUAUGGAUUCAUAUUCUCGGACCUAAUCGAGCAUGAUUACCUGGUGGAGAGAGAAAAGGGUAACCGGCCGACGGUAUUGGAAAGGGAGACGCAAACACGGAGUGUUGUGGAUGUGAAGGAGAAGAAGGAGAACGGGAAGCAUAUUGAAUUGGUCACAAAACGGGAGCUCUAUUCAACUUGGAUGCUUGCCAGCGAUGGCGCUAACCUGCCUGAUGAGUACCUAAAGAGUCGACGUCGGCUGAAGGCUGUUACCCCAAUCCUUUCAUGCUUCCGGGCCCUCUGGGCAUUUUUUGAAUCACAGGGCGGGCGACUUCCAAGCACAGCAGAGGAUUUCAAGGAAUUCACCAUAUUGGCAACACAAAAGCAUAAGGCCCUAGGUCUGCCGGAGGAAACUCUACGGUCUGAAGUACUUCGAAAAUUCCUCCAGAACCUGGGCAGCGAGAUCGCUCCUGUCACGGCGGUUCUCGGCGGUCAGUUAGCUCAAGAUGUCAUCAAUAUCCUUGGAGCUCGCCAACAACCAAUUCAGAAUAUGGUCAUUUUCGACGGCGAUUCAAUGGCGGCACCAAUGUACCCCCUUCAUCCUGACGGUGACUUAGGCGUGGGACUACUGCCACUCUCUGGGAGGGUUGAAAAUGGCAUGGCUAUGAAUGGCGGGCAAGAUGUCCAACCACCUGCUACCCAGGUCUAA